AUGACUCAACCAGAACCCUUCGAGACAUUGUUCGCUGUCCCUCUCAAAUGCGAGUCCUGCGUUCAAGCCGUAUCCGGCUCACUCCAUGAGCUACCCGGCAUCAUCAACGUGGACGUAAAGCUCAAGGAGCAGCUGGUUCAGAUCUCGGGGACCAUUGCGCCCUCGGAGAUCGUGCGAGCGAUCCAGUCCACCGGCAGAACGGCGAUUCUACGGGGCAGUGGGAAACAAGGUGCCGCCGUUUCAAUUCUUGAGACGCACGCGAAGGUCGCCAAUCCCGUGCGCGGCCUCGCGCGGAUGAUCCAGGUGUCGCCGAAGCUCUCGAUCGUUGACCUGAGCGUGUAUGGCUGUUCACCGGGCCGAUACUACGCCAGCGUGCGGGAGAACGGGGAUAUAUCCCAAGGGGCAGCGUCGACGGGUGCGGUAUGGCGGGGAACCGCCACGGGAGAAAAGGAAGAGCCCCGCGGUCGGUUUGGCGAGUUCGAGGUCGACGAAUCCGGCGCCGGAAGCGUUUUCCUCACUCGUCCGGUAGAGAUCUGGGAGUUGAUCGGGAGAAGUCUGGUCGUCUCGAAGAAGGAGAGUGGGUUUGCCACUAACGACCCCGAUACGCUGUGUGGCGUCAUCGCGAGAAGCGCGGGUGUUUGGGAAAAUGAGAAGACGGUGUGUGCGUGCUCGGGUAAAACCAUUUGGGAGGAGCGAACUGAGCAAGUCAACAAGGGAAUGAUCUGA